AUGACUCUGGCAGUCCUGGUGGGUGUUCAGUUUGGUGGGUGUUCAGUUUGGUGGGUGUUCAGUCCUGGUGGGUGUUCAGUUUGGUGGGUGUUCAGUUUGGUGGGUGUUCAGUUUGGUGGGUGUUCAGUUUGGUGGGUGUUCAGUCCUGGUGGGUGUUCAGUUUGGUGGGUGUUCAGUUUGGUGGGUGUUCAGUCCUGGUGGGUGUUCAGUCCUGGUGGGUGUUCAGUCCUGGUGGGUGUUCAGUUUGGUGGGUGUUCAGUUUGGUGGGUGUUCAGUCCUGGUGGGUGUUCAGUUUGGUGGGUGUUCAGUUUGGUGGGUGUUCAGUCCUGGUGGGUGUUCAGUCCUGGUGGGUGUUCAGUCCUGGUGGGUGUUCAGUUUGGUGGGUGUUCAGUCCUGGUGGGUGUUCAGUUUGGUGGGUGUUCAGUCCUGGUGGGUGUUCAGUUUGGUGGCUGUUGUGGAAACCCCUGCGGUGACCCUGGCAGUCCUGGUGGGUGUGUCCUCAGACGUGACUUUCGUUGCAAAGAUCAGAGUUUCUGGGUCAUCUCUGAGGCACUGGAUCCUCUGCUUCUUCAGCUGCGAUCUGACCCAAAAUGCCACAUGCUCAGAGCGAAGGAGGAGCGAACACAAGCGCUGCAUAGUUUGUCACUAUUGCACAAGGCCAGUGAUUACUCAGAGGAGGAGGAUGAUAGGAAAGAGGAGAUCACCUCCUCCUUAAGAACAGGAGGAGGCGAGGAGGAUGAUAGGAAAGAGGAGAUCACCUCCUCCUUAAGAACAGGAGGAGAACAGGGAGGAGAGGAUGAUAGGAAAGAGGAGAUCACCUCCUCCUUAAGAACAGGAGGAGGUGAGGAGGAUGAUGGGAAAGAGGAGAUCACCUCCUCCCUUAAGAUCCCUCUCCUAAGAACAGGAGGAGGUGAGGAGGAUGAUAGGAAAGAGGAGAUCACCUCCUCCUUAAGAACAGGAGGAGAACAGGAGGAGGAUGAUAGGAAAGAGGAGAUCACCUCCUCCUUAAGAACAGGAGGAGGCGAGGAGGAUGAUAGGAAAGAGGAGAUCACCUCCUCCUUAAGAACAGGAGGAGGUGAGGAGGAUGAUAGGAAAGAGGAGAUCACCUCCUCCUUAAGAACAGGAGGAGGUGAGGAGGAUGAUGGGAAAGAGGAGAUCACCUCCUCCUUAAGAACAAGAGGAGGUGAGGAGGAUGAUAGGAAAGAGGAGAUCACCUCCUCCUUAAGAACAAGAGGAGGUGAGGAGGAUGAUAGGAAAGAGGAGAUCACCUCCUCCUUAAGAACAGGAGGAGGUGAGGAGGAUGAUAGGAAAGAGGAGAUCACCUCCUCCUUAAGAACAAGAGGAGGUGAGGAGGAUGAUAGGAAAGAGAUCACCUCCUCCUUAAGAACAGGAGGAGGUGAGGAGGAUGAUAGGAAAGAGGAGAUCACCUCCUCCUUAAGAACAGGAGGAGGUGAGGAGGAUGAUGGGAAAGAGGAGAUCACCUCCUCCUUAAGAACAAGAGGAGGUGAGGAGGAUGAUAGGAAAGAGGAGAUCACCUCCUCCUUAAGAACAAGAGGAGGUGAGGAGGAUGAUAGGAAAGAGGAGAUCACCUCCUCCUUAAGAACAGGAGGAGGUGAGGAGGAUGAUAGGAAAGAGAUCACCUCCUCCUUAAGAACAGGAGGAGGUGAGGAGGAUGAUAGGAAAGAGGAGAUCACCUCCUCCUUAAGAACAGGAGGAGGUGAGGAGGAUGAUAGGAAAGAGGAGAUCACCUCCUCCUUAAGAACAAGAGGAGGUGAGGAGGAUGAUAGGAAAGAGGAGAUCACCUCCUCCUUAAGAACAGGAGGAGGUGAGGAGGAUGAUGGGAAAGAGGAGAUCACCUCCUCCUUAAGAACAAGAGGAGGUGAGGAGGAUGAUAGGAAAGAGGAGAUCACCUCCUCCUUAAGAACAAGAGGAGGCGUGUGGCAGAGGACGCUCUUUCACUCACUGCUCUUUGGCCUCAGCUGCUUACGUCAUGUGGGACAGAGGUCCACACAGGAGGGACCUGUCACACUCUCGGACUCUUACAUCACUUAUCAAGACCCACCAGCUCCGGAUAUGUCCUUUAUUUUCGAGUGGAUUUAUAGCGGUUUCAAUAGUGUACUACAGUUAUUAGGACUGUACAAGAAGUCGGGGAAGUUAGUAUUUCUGGGUUUGGACAAUGCCGGGAAAACGACGCUACUGCACAUGCUCAAAGACGACAGACUGGGCCAGCACGUCCCGACCCUACACCCCACGUCUGAGGAGCUAACGAUCGCUGGGAUGACCUUCACCACCUUCGACCUGGGAGGACACGCACAAGCUCGCAGAGUGUGGAAGAACUACCUCCCGGCGAUUAACGGCAUCGUGUUCCUGGUGGACUGUGCGGACCAUGGACGACUGGGGGAGUCCAAAGCAGAACUGGAUGCCUUGAUGACUGAUGAGACCAUUGGAAAUGUGCCUAUCCUGAUCCUGGGGAAUAAGAUCGAUCGACAAGACGCCAUCAGCGAGGAGCGCCUCAGGGAGCUCUUUGGCCUUUACGGACAGACCACGGGAAAGGGGACCAUCCCAGUGAAAGACCUGAACACACGCCCCCUAGAGGUGUUCAUGUGCAGCGUGCUGAAGCGACAGGGCUACGGCGAAGGCUUCCGCUGGCUCUCCCAAUACAUCGACUAA